UGUUGGUUAAUUCAAGCUUUUUGUACACAGUGACAAAAGUAAUUCUGGACUGUAUGCAGCAUAUUUAGGUUUAACGUGUAAAGUACAAGUGCUGCUACCAUGCAGAUCUCGGAAGAAAAAAUGACUGUGGCGAAAACGACCGAUUUUCUACGAAAAGCUGAACAGCUAAGAAAACUGGCUGAUAAGCAUGAGAAAGAAAGUAAAAGAAAUAAACAGAGCAGGAGGAAUGUUGUUCUCAGAGAAUGUUUUAGUGCUUUAGAUCAAUAUGAAAACAAGCUCAACAUGGAACUCAAGGCUGAAGUGAUGCAAGUGCAGCAGCAGCUGCAAAAAAUCCAAAACGGUGUGUACAGGUUUCAGGGGCACUUGAUCGAUGUGAAGCCCUCACCCAGUUUGAUAGAAAAACUAAAGGAUAUCAUGACUGACAUUGAAAGUUCUAUCAACACUUUCAAAGAGCAGCAACAUAAAAGUUUUGAGGAGCUCUUAAAAGAGGAACGGACUUGUUGGCAGGAGAUAAAUGCCUUUGAGAGAAAGAUUGAUGCCUGGACGUUGCCUCUGAAGAACACUGAGCUUUCCACAAUUGCAAAAACCAAGCACUGCAUGGUUAAAAAAGGAAAUGAGGAAUUCCCUAUUGAGGUGACUGCUUUGGAAACAUUCCUGCAGCAGACAGGAGGGAAACUGGGUGCCUGGGACCAGUAUGACCACCAGAGCUUUUUAAAAGUGUGGACAAAGCACCACGGUAAACCCUCAUAUAGGUCAGAGGUUAAGCUUUACCUACCAGACAAGACUGAGGAAGAAAUAAAACUACAUGAGGACUGGUAUUUAGAGCUCUGCCAUCUCCAGGAAAAGAAAAAAGAGGCUAUUAAAAAAUGGAGAGCGGAAAAGCAGAGAGAACGGGACGCUUGCUUGCAGCGUGAAGCCCAAGUUGUUGAGGCUGAAACGAAGGAGUAUGACACGGCUGUAGCAGUGGCCCAGCGCCUCAAACUGGAAGAGGAGCGCAGGGAGGCAGCAGUGCGUCUGAAGGCCUGGAGGGAGCAACGAAAACAGCAGCAGGAACAAGAAAAGGAGCAAAAACUCAGGGAGGAGGUGAUGCAUCGGAAAACAAUUAUGGAGGAAAGACGGAGGCAGCAAGAGGUCAAGCUGGCUGUGGAAGCCCAUGCCAGGCAAAAGAAGGAAGAAGAGGAGCUGAGAAUUCUGGAGAAGGAGAUGCAGGAGCAGGUGGAAAUGGAGGAGAGGAGAAAAUUGGCGGCUGAAGGCAUCAAACGUUUUCAAGAAAGAGAUCUACACACUUUGGAGUCGAAGCUGCAGGAGAAACAGACCAGAGAGCAGGAGGAGCAGGAAAAGCUGAAGAAGCAGGCUAAACUAAAAGAAAAGGUUGAAAGUCAAGUAAGUCGAGACACUUCAAGACUCUGGAAACCAACUAAAGGAUGGGAAGAACGUACCAAAGAAAUUGGACCAACAGGUGGCGGGCCUGUAUAUCAAAUGUUUCAUAGGGCCAUACCAACAUGGAGGCAAGGACUUUAAACCUGGACUUAACCUGCAACCAAUCAGCCAGAUCUGAUGCAAUCAUUGCAUCUGAAUGUAAUGAACUGUGAUUGUAAAAAUCGUGUCUAAAACCACUAUUUGAACAUUAAUGUUUUUGUAAUAUUGGUGAAUAAUUAACAGAUCACUAUUAUAUAAAUUAACUGUGAAUUAAUUGUUUUGGAAUAUUUGUUGUGUAUUAAUUUACCUCAUUGCCUUAAACAGCUUAAUCAGCUCUAGACACAAACCUGGUGUAUUUUUUUAUUUAGUGCCCCACGUUGCCUUUUUAACUCUCUUUUCCUGUUUAA